CGCUUCCCCUCCAUCGUUGCACCGCGAGAAGCACCCAACUUGCUACACUCUCUUCACCACGGCUUCACUGCACGCUUCUACAGACGCGUUGGCUAUUCUCGAGAAUAUCUGUACGCCCGCCUCGCUUUUGUGGAAUCCACAGCACACAUCGCAACGACGUCCCUUGCUAACGCCACCGCUUCGUCCUUUUUCUGCCCACGAAACACAGACCCCGCGCUCUUUAGCAAGCAGGAUCAGCUUACGGGUUUUCGCUACAGAGGGGAAUACAGCAGAGAUGGAUAAGAGACAUCCGAGUUCGUUCCAGCAACUGGAGAAGCUGGGAGAGGGUACCUACGCUACGGUUUUCAAAGGACGCAACCGGCAAACGGGUGAACUUGUAGCCCUCAAAGAAAUCCACCUCGAUUCCGAAGAGGGGACACCCAGCACCGCCAUCCGUGAAAUCUCCCUGAUGAAGGAGUUGAAGCACGAGAACAUAGUCUCCCUCCACGAUGUCAUCCACACCGAGAACAAACUCAUGCUCGUUUUCGAAUACAUGGACAAAGAUCUGAAGAAGUACAUGGAUACACAAGGCGACCGUGGCGCCCUCAACCCGGUUACCAUCAAGUCAUUUAUGCACCAGUUGCUGCGGGGCAUCGAGUUCUGCCACACGAACAGAGUCUUGCAUAGGGAUCUGAAGCCCCAGAAUCUGCUCAUCAAUAAUAAGGGCCAACUCAAACUGGCAGAUUUCGGUCUUGCCCGUGCAUUCGGAAUUCCCGUCAAUACGUUCUCUAACGAGGUGGUCACGCUGUGGUACAGAGCCCCGGAUGUGCUGCUUGGGUCAAGAACGUACAAUACAAGCAUCGAUAUCUGGUCAGCCGGCUGCAUCAUGGCAGAGAUGUACACUGGCCGUCCUCUCUUCCCCGGCACGACAAACGAAGAUCAACUGGUGCGCAUCUUCCGCAUCAUGGGCACGCCCUCGGAACGUUCAUGGCCGGGAAUCUCGCAAUACUCGGAGUACAAGCAGAACUUCUCCAUGUACGCUACUCAAGAUCUGAGAGUGAUCCUGCCGCAGAUUGAUCCAUCUGGCAUUGAUCUGCUGCAGAGGAUGUUGCAGUUGAGACCCGAGUUGCGGAUCAGUGCUGCCGACGCGCUGAAUCACCCAUGGUUCAACGAUCUGCAGGGCGUGGGCCAGAUGGCACACAGGCAGCAACAGGUUCAGGUCGGUCAACAGCUACCGCUGAGCCAGGCACAGAGGCAGUAUGCUCAGCAGGGAGUGGUUGCGCCGGGCUACGAGGGGUAUUAAAUUCGAGUUGCAAGGAAGAGUGAGGUGGAGGGAGGUGUAGCGGAGUCGUGGAGUGAGUUGAGGAGUUCGUGAUACCUGAUGCAUUGCAAGGCGUUUGAGGG